UUUAUCUCUUAUUCUCUCUGCUCUUCGCUUUUCUUUUCUUCACCUACCAUCCUCUUCGUCUCGGGAUUGUACAGACCUCCGCAACCACACAUCAUGUCUCACUCUCACUCCCACGACACUGGCGUCAGCCACUCCCACGACGAUGUCACCGGAGGCCACGGCCACUCGCACGAGAUCCUCGAUGGACCGGGAUCCUACAUCAACCGGGAGAUGCCAUUGUCGGAGUCCCGGGACUGGAGAGAUCGUGCCUUCACCAUUGGUAUUGGCGGACCCGUCGGAUCCGGCAAGACCGCGCUGAUGCUGGCGCUGUGCCAUGCCCUGCGCGAUGAAUACAACAUCGCGGCGGUGACCAACGACAUCUUCACGAGAGAAGACGCCGAAUUCCUCACCCGCCACAAGGCCCUGGCGCCCAACCGCAUCCGCGCCAUCGAGACGGGCGGCUGCCCGCACGCCGCCGUCCGCGAGGACAUCAGCGCCAACCUGCUGGCGCUGCAGUCGCUGCACAAGCAAUUCCAGACCGAUCUGCUGCUGAUCGAGUCCGGCGGCGACAACCUGGCGGCCAACUACUCGCGCGAGCUGGCCGAUUUCAUUAUUUACGUCAUCGACGUCGCCGGCGGCGACAAGGUGCCCCGCAAGGGCGGGCCGGGCAUCACGGGCAGCGAUCUGCUGGUGGUCAACAAGUGCGAUCUGGCGGCGAUCGUGGGCGCGGAUCUGGGCGUCAUGGAGCGGGAUGCGGCCCGGAUGCGCGAGGGGGGGCCGACGGUCUUUGCUGAGGUCAAGAAUGGGAAGGGGAUGGAGCAUAUUGUCGGUUUGAUUUUGAGUGCGUGGAAGGCGUGUGGCGCGUAUGAGGAGUGUGUGGGGCGGUGGAAGGCUGGUGGGCAGAGGGGGUCGGGGAGUGUUGAUGCUUGAUUUUUGAGCUCUCUCUCUCUUCUGUUUAAGUUUCUUGGGGUUGGAUUUUG